AUGUUGUUGUGGUCAGCUGACUCCACUUCCUCCUCGCGUUGUUUUGUACUCCUAUUUUCUCGAUCAUUUCAAGCAAAAAUUGAUGAAAUGUCGGCAAAACCAACCUGUUUAAUCGUAGCGAGUGCUUCUCCUCAAGGCGUCUCAGCGAAAUCCUUUCUUCAGUGCUUCAGUCUCUGUAGCACGGCGUUUAAUCUCCAGACUGCCACACCGGGGGGAAAGCCAAUGGACUUCGUAGGAAUCGAUGAAAGCACAUCUAGAUGGGUGCAGGACUUCAACCUGAAAUCCUAUGCAACACCAGCCAAACUUGAAUCUAUAGAUGGUGCCAGAUACCAGGCGCUGGUCAUCCCCGACUGCCCCGGAGCGCUCAACGACCUGGCACACAGUGGCUCAAUGCACCGCAUUCUCACACAGUUUGUCUCCCAGCAAAAGCCCGUGUGUGCAGUGGGACUGGGAGUGUCAGCGCUGUGUUGUGCUACUGAAGGGCAGACAUGGAUUUUCAGUGGAUACAGCUUAACAGGGCCUUCCGUGUUUGAACUGGUGCGGAAGCCCGACUUUGCCAACCUGCCCCUGAUUGUGGAGGAUUUUGUAAAAGACAGUGGUGGAUCGUACACGGCAAGUCAAGAAGAUGCUGUGCACAUAGUCGUCGAUAGACACCUAAUAACUGGACAGAAUAUGGAAUCAACAUCACUUGCUGUAAAUAAUCUAAUCCUGCUUUGUAAUGCCAAAUAAAAAGUUGUCCCAUGUUUGUUUAUGAAAUUAAACAUUUAUCUUGAUAA